AUGAAUGAAACACCGCGUAUUGAUAAGAACACGCAAGAUCAAGAUCAUGCACCCGACGCCAAGUCUCUGUCGCAACUGCUCAACGUUGAUCUUAAAAUAAUCGACAAGGAGGUCGGCAGAGCUAGGGCUGCUGACGCUCUCAAUCAUCACAAAAGUCGGAUACUUGAGAAAGCUGCCGGAAAGAGCCCAACAUUCCACGGCUGGUUUUCCGACGGCGGAGGAAUACUUCUUAUGCAAACACUCACGGAAGGCGCGGGCAUGCGAACUGCGAUCUGCGUUCUCGCCGCGGACCUGACUCUUCACAUCCAACAAUUAGCCGCCAAAUGGGGAAGUGCGCCCUCUCCCAUCACUCUAUACUAUCAACAUCCUGUGGGCUUUCGCAGCUCUGAUAUCGGCCCGUGCUUCCUUCUCCGAGCUCUCCUUCUACAGCUUCUCCGACAUACUCCCAGAGCGGAAUUCUCCUUGAAAGGCCUAAAAGGCGAUGUCGUUGGCUACCUCAUCCGCAAGUUAUACGACAUACUCAAUCAACUUCCGAAAGGCCGCACCGUCUAUUUUAUCCUUCCCUGUCUGUCGCAUUAUGAGACCCUUGAUCCGGCGGGGAAAGCAGACGGGACUAGACAGGAGGUGGACUCUCUUCUUGGAUUUCUCUUCGAACUCGCUUCUAAUUCGUCACGGCUGCGCGCUUCUGUAAGUGUUGCGCUCAUGUCUCCACUGCCGAGGCAAGCGGGCUUUAUCAAACGUGCCCUGGAGGAGGUUCCUUUCGGCAGCGGUGUCUUGCUCAAGAAGAAGGAUCACUCGGGGUGGACGUCUUAG